AUGACUGUCACUGACUACAAGAGCGUCGCUGCUCAGAAGAGAGAAGCUAGAGACCAAGCUUUCCUUGAAAAAUGGUUAAUUCCAGAGGAAAAACUUCCUUCGGCAGACGUUAAGGAUGUUUUAUCUUGGCCUUUGAAAUCUGGUUAUCUGACCGGAGAGGAGAUUACAAUAACGGAAUCCACCUAUAAUGAAAUGCAUGAGAAAAUCAAAUGUAAGGAAUGGUCUGCGUACCAAAUUGCAUCUGCAUUUUGCCAUAGAGCUUCCAUUGCUCACCAGCUCGUGAACUGUCUUUCUGAGGUUUUUUUCGUCGAUGGUCUUAAACAGGCCAAAGAGCUUGAUGAGUACUAUGAGAAAACAAACAAACUAAAGGGUCCAUUUCAUGGACUUCCAAUUUCGCUCAAAGAUAACCUGAAUGUCAAGGGCCAAGCAACUUCAAUUGGGUUUGUUGGGCUUGCUUUCAAUCCAAAAGAAUACGAAACAGAUUCGUUAAUCGUUUCCAAGCUCAGAGAAAUGGGCGCUGUGUUCUGCUUCAAGACAAACGUUCCCGUGGCUAUGAUGAUGCCAGAAUCUACUAAUCAUAUUUACGGCAAUACUGUAAGCCCCUUUAACAGAGGAACAACAAGUGGCGGUAGUUCGGGCGGUGAAUGUGCUUUAGGACCUCUGCUGGGCAGAUGUUAUUUGGGAAUCGGUUCCGAUAUUGGUGGCUCUUUGAGAAUUCCUGCUUCUUUGCAGAAUUUGUUCACUUUAAGACCAUCGUCUGGCAGAUUUACCACCUAUGGAUCUCGCUCAGGUUUACCAGGUCUUGAGUCCGUGGCCAGUGUUAACGGACCCAUUUCCACUACAAUGGAAAAUCUUGAGUUUUACUGCGAGAACUUAAUCAACCAUGGUAAACAAUGGCUAGAUGAUUCUAAGUGUCUUGAGGUGCCCUGGAGAGACGUAGAAGUACCUGAAAAGCUGACCAUCGCGAUUUUGAGGGAUGACGGUGUAGUCAAACCGUACCCAGCUAUAGAUCGUGCCCUCAAACAUGUCACUGAGUCCUUGGAAUUGCAAGGACAUGAAGUGAUUGACUGGAAUCCACUUCAUCACGAGCGUUUGACCAACUUGAUCGGGUCCUUCUUUUUGAGCGAUGGUGGCGAACAUUGCAAAGACUUGCUGAACUUGUCCGGCGAGCCCGUCUUUGACUACAUGAAACCUUACGAAACCUCGGCGGAUCUACCCGUUUCGAAGCUCUGGGAUUUGCAUAGUGAGCGGACAAAACUUUGCAACGAAUACUUAGCGCAGUGGAACAAGACGUGUGAAAAAACGUCCUCGGGCAACCCCAUUGACGCCAUUAUCAUGCCUGUGUCACCUUACUCAGGUGUAGGCGUCGGUAAAUUCAGAUAUAUUGGGUACACUGCAGUGUUCAACGCUUUAGACUGGGCUGCUGGAACAGUACCCGUCACGAGGGUGGACAAAGCUUUGGACAUGAAGGACGAAACUUACAUGCCUCGGAACCCGAUGGAUGCCCAAACUUACGAAGAAUACGAUGUAGAUGAAGUCGAAGGUUGCGCAGUAUCCGUCCAAGUCGUGUGCAAAAAAUUGCAAGAAGAAAAAGUGGUCAAAAUUAUGAAAAAUGUGUCGGAAAUUAUUGGAACUAGCGAUUACUGGAGUCGUUCUUAG